GGAAUCACGUCUGGAUCUCGGGAAACAUCUCUUCAAGAUAAACAUUUGAGUCAUGUUGUAAGGCGAACGUCCAUAAAUAGCAGGCUGCUCUUCAUUUGAGGCUGCGGCGAUUGAGUACUUCUCUCCGUGUCUGUAACUGGCUGAAAUUAUGGUCCCAGAUAUUUUCAUUUUGUGUUUGAUAUUACUCAGCACCAUGCACAUCGCAUCAUCGUUGGAGCUGCAACCUGGCAUGCCAAAUGUUUGUGCUGACCAGGAGAUGUCCAUGCUGGGGGCACGUCAGCCCUGUGUCCAGGCUUUUACCCGCAUGGUCAAGGUGUGGAAACAGGGCUGCACCAACCACAGAUGGUGUAUGGGCUACGAGAGGAGGACAGCAUACUACACAGCGUACAGGCAGAUGUACAACAUGGAUUUGCACACAGUCUACAAGUGCUGCCCAGGUUGGACUCAGAAGGGUGAAGAGAUGGGCUGCCUACAUAGGGUGUGUGGUGCCAAUACAUGUUUCAAUGGAGGCCAAUGUGCAGAGACUGGAGACCAGAUAUGUCAGUGUCCGUUGGGCUUCAAAGGGACGCAAUGCCAGUAUGAUGUUAACGAAUGUGAAGUGGAUGAUGGCGGCUGUGAGGGGUACUGUUGCAACACCAUUGGCAGCUACUACUGCAAGUGUCCUGAAGGCAGUAGACUGGGGCCAGAUGGCAAAGCAUGUCACGAUGUAAAUGAAUGUGAGGAGCUCAAUGGAGGAUGCCAGCAAACGUGUGUCAACAUACCGGGCUCUUAUCGCUGUGAGUGUAGUGAAGGCUUCCGCAUGCACACUGAUGGCCGGACCUGCAUUGCUGUGACUUCUUGCUCAGUAUUGAACGGUGGAUGUGAGCACAAGUGUGUGGACAUGGGGAACAAUCACUACAAAUGUGAGUGUCGAAAGAACUACCAGCUGAAGAGAGAUGGAAGACACUGUGAAUUGAGGGACCCCUGUGAUGAGAGGAAUGGAGGCUGCGCCCAGCUGUGUCGUUGGGAAGAUGGCCGGGUUCAGUGCAGCUGCCGACCUGGUUUUACACUGGCUGGAGAUGCCAAGAACUGUGAAGAUAUUGACGAGUGCAGUUCAGGCCAUGCCAAGUGUUCCCAUGGAUGCGUCAACAUGCUGGGCUCCUUCAGCUGUGUGUGUCAUCCAGGCUUUGAACUUGGUGCAGAUGGCAAACAGUGUUACCGCAUUGAGAUGGAGAUCGUCAACAGCUGUGAGAAGAACAACGGCGGUUGCUCCCAUCAUUGUGAGCACACCACAAACGGCCCUCUCUGCUCCUGCAACCACGGCUACCAGCUGGACCGAGACAGGAAGACCUGUGUAGAUAGUGAUGAAUGUGUCAGCGGGGAUUCCUGCUGUAGUCACUUCUGCAGAAACUACCCAGGCGGCUACGAGUGCAGCUGCAGAGCUGGCCACAGACUAAACCCAGACGGCUGUGGCUGUGAUGACAUUGACGAGUGCCUAGCAGAGACCUCAGGCUGCGAACACUACUGUGUUAACACCCUGGGAACAUAUGAGUGUUUUUGUCGACUGGGCUUCCGCUUGGAUCAGGACCAGCACUCCUGCAUCUCUCUGUAUGGCAGAGAACUGGAAGAAGAAAAGGAGGACGAGGAAGAAGAGGAGGAGCAGCUGGAAGUCCACAGAUUACCAGACCUGUUAUUCCGUCGGGCUCCUCAGCUGCUGCAGUACACGGCAGCCUUGCACGCCCGUUAUGACGGUGACGAUGAUGAUGGUAGUGAUGGUGGUGACAAUGAAAAAGAAUUUGAGAUCCAGAGAGACCGCAGGGGAGAACUUAGGCUGGACAGCCACAUAGUGUGUCUGGAUGGCUCAUUUGGGGAUGACUGCAGUGUGAGCUGUGAAGACUGUGUGAACGGAGUGUGUAGUGAAAACAGAGACCGAUGUCACUGUUCACCUGGAUGGACUGGUAUCAUCUGCAACAAGACUUGUCCACAGGGGACCUAUGGGCCGGCCUGUAACAGUCUGUGCCGUUGUCAGAAUGGAGGCUCGUGUGACCCUGUGACUGGGAAGUGUUUGUGCCCCCCAGGGGUAGAGGGCCUGCUCUGUGAGAAUGGUUGUCCAAGAGGUUAUUUCGGAAGGCACUGUAGAAGGAAGUGUAACUGCCCCAACAAUGGACACUGCAAUCGUCUAUAUGGAGCCUGCCUGUGCUCCCCAGGAUUAUAUGGUCGUUACUGCCACCUGCCUUGUCCCAGGUGGACGCACGGUGCAGGCUGUUCCAAGGAAUGCGACUGUGUUCAAGAACAUUCCUCUGGCUGUGACCCCAAAACAGGGAGCUGUUUCUGUAAAGCUGCAUACCAUGGCCCGCAGUGUGAGAAAGAAUGUGAUCCUGGCUUCUUCGGUGCAGGCUGUGAGCAGCCAUGUGACUGUCCAGGUGGAGGGUCAUGUGACCCAAGGACUGGAGAGUGCCACCAGCGGUGUCCUGCAGGACUUCAUGGUGAUAGAUGUCAGCUCGCCUGCAAAUCUGGGAGCUAUGGAGUAAACUGUCACCUGACCUGUGACUGUGAAGGAGCUCCUUGUGAUCCCAUAACCGGACAGUGCAUCUGUCCUCGAGGGAAGAUAGGACACUCCUGUCAGGAAGACUGCCCUGAUGGAUUCUGGGGGUUGAAGUGCCAGUCAUCGUGUCCUCCCUGUGAGAACAGAGGCUACUGCAACAAGCAGACUGGAGGCUGUGACUGUAAGCCAGGCUUCAUAGGAAGCCUCUGCCAAGAUGAGUGUCCCCCGGGGUACCAUGGACCAGGCUGUUCUCUGCAUUGUUCCUGCCACCCUGAUGCCAGCUGCGACCCACAGACUGGACACUGUGUCUGCCCUCCUGGCAAAACAGGCCACGACUGUACAACAUCAUGUGAAUCUGGUUACUGGGGCCAAGGGUGCAAAACUAAAUGCCAUUGCCAGGACAGCUCUGUGGGCUGUGACCCCGUCACUGGUCAGUGUGUGUGUGAGACUGGCUUCACCGGAGACCAAUGUGAAAAGAUGUGUGUCAAUGGCACUUAUGGCCAGGGCUGUGCCCAGCAGUGCCAGUGUCAAAAUGGAGCCCAUUGUGACCAUGUGAGCGGAGCCUGCACAUGUUCCCCUGGAUAUGCUGGCACCUUUUGUGAAAAAAUGUGCCCGGACGGCUUUUACGGUCUUGACUGUGGCCAGAUGUGCGAGUGCAGGAACGGUGCCCGCUGCCACCACAUCACAGGAGCCUGCCUAUGCACCGCCGGCUGGGCAGGACCACACUGCAUUCUGGAAUGCCUGCAGGGUCAUUUUGGAGAGCAGUGCAGUCAGACCUGUGAGUGUCAGAACGGAGCCAGGUGUGACCACGUCACCGGGCGAUGCAGCUGCGCUGCCGGGUGGACUGGAGUCAGCUGCCAACUGCCCUGUCCUGCAGGACAAUAUGGGGAACAUUGCUCUGGCCAGUGUCUAUGUCAAAAUGGGGGCUCUUGUGACAGCGUGACUGGUCAGUGCUCCUGCCCGCCCAGCUGGACUGGAGCCGCCUGUGAGUUAGAGUGUGAGGAAGGACGUUAUGGAGAGAGCUGCACCCAGGCCUGCAGUUGUACAAAUGAAGGGAGAUGUGACAAGGUGUCAGGAAGAUGUGUGUGUCAGCCUGGUUGGACAGGAGAGCGCUGUCAAUCAGCCUGUUCUAAGGGAUUCUUUGGAGAGGGCUGUGAGCAGAGGUGUGACUGCAUCCAUGGUUCCAGUUGUCACCACGUGACGGGCGGCUGUGAGUGUGAGCCAGGCUGGAGGGGAGCCAGGUGUGACAAACCCUGCCUCCCGGGGUCCUACGGCGCUUCCUGUGCCCGGCGGUGUCAGUGCCAGGCUGGGGUGUCCUGUCACCAUGAGACGGGGAGUUGUGGCUGCCCAGCUGGACUCGCAGGGCCUGGCUGUGAGAAAACCUGUCCUGCUGGCAUGUUCGGGCAAAACUGCAGCCAGCUGUGCCAAUGUUCAGGUGAUCAAGAGCAGUGCCAUCCUGUGACGGGGAAAUGUAGCUGCUUACCUGGUUACUACGGGGCACACUGUGAGCUACGAUGUCGAGCAGGGACUUUUGGGCCAAACUGCAAGUCCAGAUGUAGCUGCAUCAAUGGUGGUCGCUGUGACUUUAGGACUGGGACUUGCUACUGUUCUCCUGGUUUCAUUGGAGCUGACUGCAGCUCGAGUUGUCCGAGUGGAUACUAUGGGAAAGACUGUGCUAAGCUGUGCUCCUGUGGGGAAGGAGGGCAGUGCCACACAGCAACUGGGAGGUGUAUGUGUGCCCCCGGUAGGAUGGGACAGUCCUGCCAGCAAGCGUGUCCCAGAGAGCGCUACGGUCUGCAGUGCAGGAACACAUGCAGCUGUCAGAACAGGGGUCUGUGUGACCCUGUUGACGGGUCCUGCAAGUGUGGACUGGGCUGGACUGGACCACAGUGUGACACAGCCUGUUCACAGGGAAAAUAUGGAUUUGAUUGCGCACAAGAUUGUCCAUGCUUCAACAAUGGGACCUGCGACCGUUUCACUGGCACCUGCAGCUGUACUGCUGGAUACUACGGCCACUCCUGUCAACACAAAUGCCCCUCAGGGUUUUUUGGAGUCAACUGUGCCCAUACCUGUGACUGUAAGGUCGGUCAGACAUGUGACCAUGUGACAGGCCAAUGUGUGUGUCCACCAGGCUACUAUGGGCCACAAUGCCAAAGACGGUGUGAAGCCGGCAGCUUUGGACUGAGCUGUGCUAAGUCGUGUGACUGUGUUGGUGAGGCCCCGUGUGACCCAUCGACUGGACGGUGUCUGUGUCCCCCAGGGAGGACAGGACAAAGAUGUGAAAAAAACUGUGGUGGGGAUCGUUUUGGCCCCCACUGCUCCCUGCCGUGCCAGUGUUCCCAUGGGGCCCACUGCGACGGGCUGACGGGCCGAUGUCUGUGCCCGCUCACCUGGCUGGGUCCCACCUGUAGUGAAGCACUGCUACACCAAACCCCAGCACUGCUGAACUUCUCAGUGUCCCAGAGAAAGAGAAGAGCAGGAAGCAAAACCACAUAACCCAAGCAGAGGUGCAAACUCCUGACUGGACAUUCAAACACAGGGCUUGGCUGUGUGAAACAUUACUACGAUCAUCUUGGUGAAGGUGAUGUUGGUGUUACUAUGUUUUCGUGAAACUGGUACUCAGCUGUCAGAAACUAGCCCCACAUCACUGAGCCCGGAGUUCAAGAUAAUCAACCAGUGAACCUGGCAUUUGAGGGGCCCUCAAAGGACCACAAGCUCUAAACCUACCCCAGUCUGCGUAAGGUUUAAAGUCCAGGGUUACACAGACUUUUUAGCAAUACACACAAAUACCUGCAUCACAUCUGUUACUAUCGCUGAUUGAAAGUGGUUAAUUUUGCUUUCCAGUUUGACGGCUAAUGAGUUGUUAUGGGUUCAGUUUCUUUCUUAAGGGCAGUUGGACAAGACGUGUGACUGAAUCGGAGACUUUCUUGUAGCUGGAGAGCCUUUACAUCUGCUUUUUUUUUGUGUCCACAAAAAACUCAAUGGUUAGUGUGACAGAAUGCCAAGCAUAUUUCUGGUGAAAAUUAAAUGCCUCUAAAACAGAUUUAGAAAUGUAUAUGGGUCACUUAUAUACUUAUUCUGAAAAAUAAAUCCCCAAGAUCCACACACACAGGGACUGCAGUACAAAAAUAUGGUCCAGUAGAAGAGCCGAAGCAGAGGAUGUUUCAAGAUAAAAAAAAAAAAACCUCCAGACAUAUGUUAAAAUAUAUAAAAAAUACUCUGCUUUGAAUAAUGACUUAUGUCUGAUAUUUUUUUCCAUAACAAACUUCAGUCACAUGGUUAAAUAACUGGAAAUUGCAUCUACUCCGGCAGAAAUCCAGAAUCUAUCAGUAUAACUUUAAUUACUCCACAGAAGAUAUCUCCUGCUUUUAGUGAAAUGUGUUUUCUCAGUGUAAGUGCACUGGAGGGUUCAGGGUUCCAUAUCACACUUCUGUGAGUUAUGUAUUGAAUUAUGAUUGGCACAAAUCAUGCCACAAAUCUGUCUGUAAAUCAGAUUUAAGGUGAGCAGACAGAAAGUUUCCCACUUCAGCAGGUGAGUGUGAAAACAGCCUCAAAGCUGAAACACAUUAGAGUAGAUGGGGAGUUUAAUUGUAAUCAAACAAAAUCAAAUUGGCAAAUUCUUUUCUUUAAAUAUUUGUUAAGAAUAUUUUGAAGCCUGUAACUACACACAAAUAUUGCAAGAUAAAAAUGCUGAUUUUUGUGUUGAUGUGAAUCCUUCAGACAGAGGUUGCAUCCUCAUCAAACUGUCUCUCUGUCUCUGCCAUACACACAGGGAAUCAUAUUACUUACAUAUUUCUUAUGUUUGUGUUUAUUCCCUUGCUUAUAAUUUGUUGUUACAAUUUUAUGUUUUGAUUUUUACACAUUUUCAUUGUAUUCUUUGUGAAACUGCAUCAUUUCCCAAAAGAAUCCAGCUCCCAUCGCUAGUUCAUACAUUUGUAGAUUAUUCCAAACAAGAUUUUUCCUAGCUGCAGGACUCAUCCUCACCUUAACUUAUUUAACUGUUCAUACACCUUCCUUUUACAGAUGUCUGUGUAAAAUAUUGUCCGCCCGUAAGUUAUUUCUUAAUUUUGAAUAUGACAAGAACAAGCUCCAUUUACCAGCAUUAGGAACACAUUUAUUGGCAUUGAUCACGGAGUUUACUGCAUGCAAAUUGCACUUUUUCCGAAUCUGUGUUUAUUGACUCGGCAGCUGAUACAGAGUUUGGGAGUCAGGUAAAAAAAAUGAUAAAAUUGAUGUUAAUAAACUUUGACAUACUUUGUACAAAAUUAGAAGCCUUUUUUUAACCAUCCCAUAUCACUACUGCUAUCAUUUACCAUACGUCUGCAUUUGUUUUGAGGGUUCAGCUUU